UGGUCGCCUAUUCAAAACAAAGGCGUAGCUUGAUGACGCCGAGAUUGAGCGCGGAAUCAUGGGAGAUGUCGUCUUCACCUCACAGCAGGGGAAAACAAUCCAACAGGACUCGGGCAGAAAUCAUGUUCAUGGAUGAGAUUAUUAACGUUACUGUAGUAUGAAGCAGAGCAGGGCUGAGUGCUGUGGGAGCUGAACGAGGCCGCUGGAGUGAUUGCUAAUGAGAGUGCGACACAUGGCAGCUCGAGAACUUUUAUUAUGCCGCUUCUGCUUCUUCCAGUCAAGCGUAUGUGGGGUAACACAGUGCUGUUUUAUCAUAUUAGAUACAUUUCAGUGUGUUAAAAUUAUGUUAUAGUAACGUUACUCUGUGCGUUAGCUCGGCGGCUGCUGUGAGACACUUGUUGCACACUGCAGUAAGCUUAGAAUAUCUUAUUAAUAUAAUCAAGAAAACAAGAUUCAAACAAUAAGACUAAACAACAAUGAUUGGUUUAUUGUCUAUAAAUGUAUCCAAAUAGUUGUUCCCUUGUCUAAUAAAAUAUAUAAUAUGUUAAAGCGUCUUUGGUGUUUCCAUGGUUUCUACAAAAUAAAACCGGAAAUCGAGGGUAACGCAGGUAUGAUGUCAUUGAUAGGCGACGCACGGACAUAGUCCGUGUCCUGGUUAAAAUUGCUUAUUUCUCUGGAUUUAAACGUUAUUGGAAACAUCUGGGAUAAUGUAAGUACACAAGUUAAAUAUAUAACACUGUUCUAGUGGGUUUUGGAUAUUUUAAUCCAAAAUCUUACAUAUUGUGCCUUUAAGAUUAAUUAAUAAAUGUAAAGUUCGUAAGAAUAUUCUUAAGUGCAAUUCUUGAGAAAUCUCUUUUUUUUUUUUCUUAAGAAAAACAUUAAAGGCUUUCAUGUUAUUUGAUAGUCCGGUGUUGCUGAAGAGUUUAGACACGUUGAAAAACGCCUCAAAACCCGUCUUUUUUCUUCUGGAAGAUUACCGUAGAUAUCAUAAUAAGCGCGCCACAUAUUUCGUACGACUGCCUUACGGGAGUUAAUCACUCAGCGUCGUGUUUUUAAUGUGCCGUGUCAAGUUAAAAUUGUUAUUUUAAAAGAACAUUUCUCAAGAAGAUCCAGCGCUUAGCGGUUAUUCAUUUGCAUUUCGUCUUUCUUUGCGCUCUAUCUAGAGUGAAUGCGUCUUGUGUUUGUGUGCUGCUUGUUCUAGCCUAAGUGAGCGUUUUACUAUCUGGUAAAUACUGGUAGUACUAUGGUAAAUAAUCAUAUGGUACAUCUGAUAACGCUUGUUACAACUAGCCUACUGAGUAUAUCUCAUUACAAUCUAAUCUAAUGUAAUCCACCCACUCCUCUAUUCAACACCAUCCAAUAGCAGCAGCUCUCGUAUGUAAACCGUACAUUCCUUUACAAAUAAGUACUCAAGACCUACACCCCUAUGCAUUAGUUUGCACGCUGCUCACUACGAGGGAAAACACUGGCUUCAGGAGUCUUAACAACAACAAUAAUCAGUUCUUCAAGUUAAAGUCAUUCAGCCAUGGCAGCCCCACCUGCGGCAAGCACCCAUGGACCUUCCGCUCCUCCGGCAAACAUGUUUGAUACAGUCCCUGGAUAUGAAGGAACAGUGGCCGGUGGAGGAGGUGGUUAUCUUCCUCCUCCAAUGCCGUCUGUACCGAUGCCUGUGCCUGAUCAAGCCCCCAGCCAACCAGACUGGCAUAUACCAUCCAUCUCAGAGGACAGAGCACGUGAAGCUUUCUCAACGUACGUCUCCAGCAAGUGCUGCUAUAGUUCUGCCCCUGUCAAGGAAGGAGUUAUAACCAACAUGGAGUCCUUUAACACCUACAGGUAUCGUUUGGAGACGUUCAUGGAGUCCAGAUCUACUGAAUGGUGUCAGGAGCCUUACACAGGGCAGCCUGUGGAUGCUGGUGUUCAACCUGCUCCAGGACCGUGGCAGAUUGCAACUCAACCACCGGCCUUCUUUCAAGAGCACAAGCAGACCAUUAAAGUGCCCUACACUUCCUCAGUCAAGAACUGUCACUUGUGUCUUGGAAUGGGAAGAAACCCCUGUACCACCUGUGCUGGAGCUGGAAACAAAGUCUGUUGGGUGUGUAACGGUUCUGGUUACCGUCAGACUGAUGACCGCUGCUCGCAUUGUAAUGGGCGCGGACGUGAAAACUGUAGUUCAUGUAGCGGCAGCGGCUCUUGCCAGUGUGACACCUGCCGUGGAAAGAGACAGCUGCUCGUCUUCAUCAACCUCAUUGUUAAAUGGAGCACUGAGAAGGAUGAUUACGUAGCGCAACAUUUGAGUGGUCUACAAGUGGAAAAGCUGGAGAACGUUACAGGAAAGGAACUCUUCAAAAACGCCCAGUAUAUGGUGUAUCCAGUGAUGGGCUUCCCUGAUGUUUCUGUUGCACAAGCUUCUGAGCGCUUAGUAAGAGAGCAUCAGGUGAAAUACGCCCAAACCUCCCGCAUAUUACAACAGAGGCAGACGAUUGAGCUCAUUCCCAUAACUAAAGUGAGCUACAUGUGGAAAGGAAAUUCCCAUGUUUACUAUGUGUAUGGAAAUGAGUUUAAAGUGAACGCUGAUGACUAUCCUGCCACCUGCUGCUGUUCUGUCAUGUAACAUCUGAUACACCUGACCUGAUAUGCAGUAUAAGUCCAAUAUAAACGCUAUAUAUCCAUUAAUAUGAACAAAUGUAAUGAUUGUGGGAUGUAUAGGAAAAUAUACAUCAGUAGUUGACAGACACAAAACAAUAGGUCAUUGAUUACGCAGAUUCUGUCUAUGUAGAUUUUUGUAAAAUUUUUGGUCAUCUGUGUCAAUCUGACCAAAUGUGAAUUACUAAACCUCUCUUAGAUUAAUGCACUUUUUAGAUAACGUGUAUUGUACAAUCUGCAAUAUAGCCUGUCGUAAAUCUAUAAUAACGAUAUAAUAAACUGUGAGUUGAGAAAGAAUCAUGUCACCAAAAGGUUUUUUUUUUAAUGUUUUUUUUUUUUGUACUGAGUCAUAAUUAAUAUGUGUUAAAGUACGACUAGACAUUUGGAGCUCAAUAUUAAGGACUUUAUCAGAUCAGAUCAGUUCAGAUUUUUAUUUGACCUGGUGUCACUGUCAUUAAAUAGUUCAUUGAUGAUUAAAUAGUUGUUUUGUUAGUGAUAUUUUGAUAUGUAAAUAUUAUAUUUACAUUUUUUGUUUGCCCAAAAUGGAUAAAAUGUGACUCUAUGAAAUUCAUAAACACACCUUUUCAUUUUAAGCUUAGUAAUAUCUUCAUUCUCAUGCACGCUUGUUGAGAACAAUGGAAUACUGUCUGGAUAAUAAUUUUUUAAUGUGUGUGAGCUAAGAAGUGAAAGAUAAAAAGUUGUUACACUAAGAUUGAUAUGCUUUUUUAAAACUGUGCCAAACAUACUAAAACCAAACUCACUAGAACUAAUAAUGUCCAUGAUUUAAAAAAAUAAAUAAAUUUACUGACAUUUUCA